GCGCGGCAAUGCGGGUGGUGGUGGGUGGCGGGACAGGCUUCGUGGGCAGAGCCCUGACCCAGCUGCUGCGGAGCCGAGGGCACCAAGUGACCCAUGUGUCGCGACAGGGGGGCGAGGAUCGGAUCACCUGGGAGGAGCUGUCCCACUCUGGGCUGCCCCCGUGCGAUGCUGUGGUCAACUUGGCUGGUGAAAAUGUCCUCAACCCUUUCCGCAGGUGGGGUGAUGCCUUCUGCAGGGAGGUCAUCAGCAGCCGGGUGGAGACCACGAAGGCCUUGGCCGAAGCCAUCGCUGCUGCUGAGCAGCCCCCCCGUGCCUGGGUCCUCGUCACUGGCGUAGGUUUUUACCGGCCCAGCCCCACAGCUGAGUACACUGAAGACAGUCCAGGAGGGGAUUUUGACUUCUUCUCACGCCUGGUGAGCUCGUGGGAGGCUGCAGCUCUCAUCCCUGGGAGCCCAACUCGUGGUGUUGUGGUGAGACCAGGUGUAGUGCUGGGUCGAGAUGGCGGUGCCAUCGCUCAGAUGCUCCUACCUUUCCGUCUGGGACUUGGAGGCCCCAUGGGCUCUGGACUCCAGCCCUUCCCGUGGAUCCACAUUCAGGACCUGUCUGGGAUUGUGUGUCAUGCCCUGGAGAAGGAGUCUGUGCAAGGCAUCCUCAACGGCGUUGCCCCAUCCUCCCCUGGCACCUCCAAUGGCACCUUUGCCCGGGAGCUGGCGGCAGCCCUGGGGCGCCCGGCGCUGCUGCCGGUGCCCGCCUGGGCCGUGCGGGCUGUCUUUGGGGCAGAGCGGGCGGUCAUGCUGCUGGAGGGACAGAGGGUGCUGCCCAAACGCACCCUGGAGAGCGGCUACUCAUUCAUCUUCCCUGAGCUGCCUGCAGCCCUGAGGGACAUCGUGGCUUAAGGCCUGCCCAACUGGGCUGGGCCCUCUUUGUGUGAGCUCACAUGCCUUCCCAUCAAAGAGGGGAGUCCUGCCCCUUGGCACUUCCCCAUCCACAUACAGAAGGGGUGAGCAAUCCUUUCCCCCUGUAUCUCCCUGUGUGCAUCCCCAGUUAGGAAUCAUCCCUCUUACUGUCACAUGAAUUUUAACAUUACCUGCAUAUGGGGAAGGGCAUGAGCACCUCAAAGGACUGUCACUGUGGAAUUGCCCAUCUUCCCUUUUGCAUGGUGUGUGAACAGCUGGCAAAGCAGCUGGGGGUGUAAUGUCUUCUCCCCUGAGAGAUGUGCAGCAGAAAACUCAUCCUAAUGCUGUUGUAAUUCCUCCAUGGUAGUGGAAAUCGCCCUUUCUGUUUUUCCCCAUGAUGACAGGCAAAGAAGAGCAUAAGUCUCUUUCUUGGUCUUGGUGGUUGUGGGAGAAGAUCCAUCUUAGGGUGCUGAAUAGAGAUUGCAUGGAGACUGCCCUCUCUUUUCUUGUGGCUGGUACCAAGUUGAUGUGUCAGUACCUUCAGCUGAGUCUAGCCUGAAGAGUUACACCCUUCCAGGGUUCCACACCCUAUGCUAUGGCAGGGAUGAGGGAGAACCCUGUUUUGCCAGCCUGCAGGGGAAAGGGUGACAAACUGCCCCUGGACUGCUUUGCCUUGGCUGAGUGCCCAUGAGAUCUGUUUGAGCUCAGGAGAGCUGGGUGGUACAUCACUGUGUGAGGCAGUGCAAGUCACAGUUUUAUUCGAAAGGAACAUUUCAGCUAUUGCCUUCAUUGUGCUUAACUGAGACCAGGUGGUUUUCUUUUAUUGAUCCCGUGAGGUGUUGCUUGUGUUCAGGGUGUUCCCCUGACUGGGCACUGGGGAUAUCCAAGCUGCCUGGUCUGCCUUGGGAAGCAGUACCUCUUCCCUAGUAAAGCAGAUUGUAAUUUCAUCAUCUCGUAGUGACAGAAAAUAUAUCCAUGUGCUUCCCUUGACCCACUUCCAUGUCCUGAAGUGGGUUGCAGUGUGUGAAGUCCACAAAGCAGUGAAGUUUAUUAUAGCAGUACUUCUGGAGAAAUACUCCUAGUGUGAUGUAAAGUAGGGCUAGAAAAUGCAAUUCAAAGGCACUUCAGGCAGAUAAAGACCAUCCAGAAGAACAGCAGUCUACAUAUUGCUGGUUUAUGCCAUGCUGUAGUCAGAGUAGCUGAAGGAUCAGUUUUGGUGAAGUCUAGAUGCCCCACUCUCCUGACUCUGCUCAGUACAUACUGGAGACAGAAUGGCAAUCUGCUGGCUUUCCAGGCAGGAAAAUUGGAGUGGGACUGCAGAUGGAACUGGAGAUAGUCCCCGCAGUUAGUGUCAGCAGCCAGGUGAAAUGGGACUUUGGGAAUAGUCAUGAAAGCAACAUGGUUUGAGAUAGAUGUGGGUUGCUUGGACUUUGUCUUUGCUGCCUGUAAGUUAGGUGCAGCUUCCUUCCUUUUCCCAAGAGCUUCAGUUUCCUGCCCAUGAGAGUAGGCUGACAUACUCUGAGAUACAGACCCAGUUCCUUGUGGGCCAGUGCAAUGGGGACAGUCAGCAGUGCUGCUUUAGUUAUUUCAGCUGAGCUUUUAGAGCCUCAGGCUUCAGAGCUUCCUCAGAUGAUGUGGUCUGCAGCAUCCUUUUGUUAGCCAGCCCAGUUAAUUGCUGUACCUCUAUAAACCUUGAUGAUUGCAAUGGCUUUGGGUUGUGAUUAGAAAUGAGAACAGCUGUGGCUGGAGAAGAACUGCCACCUUCAGCUCUUCCGAAAGAGGUUUUUUGUAUCCCACAGAAGACUGCCACUAAGCAGAGCUCCCAGGCCUUGGACUCUGUGCCUGGAUGUGGGACUCAGGAUCUUUGAAAAGUUGCCUCUGCAUGGUGUUUGUGUCUUAAAUACAUCACAGGUUUAAAUGA